AUUUUAUAUGCUGUGAUUAUAUAUAUAUAAAUAUGUAUAUAAGUUGUAGAAUAUAAUAUAUAUAUAUAUAUAUAUAUAUACGUGUAUAUAUACUACUCCCACUACACUACCACUACUAUUAGGAUAAGCUAAGUUACGCUAUGGUGAAAAUGAAGUUAGACGAACAGAUCCCUGCACUUGGGGCGCAAUUGCUGGAUACCAAUCUGCCACUCUCAACGCGAUACCGUGUGCUGUUUACACUCAAAGGAAUUGGCGGUGAUGAGGCGGUAAAAGCUAUCAGUGCUGUGUUUGAAGACGAAUCUGAACUGCUGAAACACGAGUCUGCCUAUGUAUUGGGCCAAAUGCAGAAUAUGCUGGCCGUUGACACGCUGAAAGCCAUUCUGCGCGAUCAGAACCAGGCCCCUGUUGUGAGACACGAGUCUGGGGAAGCACUUGCUGCGCUGGGACGCUUUGAUUUGGUGGAUAUAUUGGAUGAGUUCGCUAAAGAUGAAUGUGUUGAUGUUGCCGAGACAUGUGAGAUAGGGGCGAAACGACUGCGUCACUUCCACGAUCCAGCGAAUCUUUUUACAAAAGCUCUACCAUCUGUAUAUAGUUCUGUCGAUCCUACACCUGCGUGUGAUGAUGCACCUGUAGACGAACUUGUGGCGAGGAUGAUGAAUUAUGAACUCGAUUUAUUCGAUCGAUAUACCGCUCUGUUUGCUUUGAGAAACAAGGGCUCUGAUGACAGCAUUCUGGCUAUCUGUAAGGGUUUUGCUGAUACCACCAGCGUGUUGUUCAGACAUGAAAUUGCAUACGUUCUGGGUCAAAUUCAAUCCAGUGUGAGUGCGCCUGCUCUUACCGUAGUUUUAGAAAAUGCAGCUGAACAUCCGAUGGUUAGACACGAGGCCGCAGAAGCAUUAGGUUCAGUGGCAUCGCCAGAUGUAUUGAAAACACUAGAGGCGUUUAAAAAGGACGAUAAGAGGAUUGUUGCCGAGAGCUGUGUUGUUGCACUCGACAUGUAUGAGUAUGAGAAUUCCGGUAACUUCCAGUAUGCCAAUGGGGUUGAGACAGCGCAGACUGUGUCUGCCUAGCGAGUCAGCCUGGACCUUUAUGAUAUUAAGUUACUUUGGUUAUUAACUUAUGUACUCCGCGUCGAAUCUACAGCGUGUAUAUCCAGUAUUAAUUUAUGACGUGUACAUCCUGCAUCAGCAAUGCAUUGUCGAAUUAUUUAAAUUUACUUGCAUUGACGUCGCAAGAUUGUUGGCUGCUCCCUUGCCUUUUAUCAAUUACUCUAAACUUAUUUGAAAAGGUGUAUUGGUAUGACCUUUCUCCAGGUAAGAAUGUUGUUCUUUGUUUGGACUGGGAGAUGACUACACGGACUGCGAAACGCUCAACUCAUUUGAUCAUCGAUUCGAAAAGUACAUAAAACUAUCUACAAAUCAACGCAACCAGUACUCUUUCUAGUUGUGAUGCUUAAAUCCUGUCAAAGAAUCUUUGAAACAAUGCUCGCUAGUUUCGGAGAGAA